GAAUGAUUGUAGACCUUGUAUAAAAGGAAUAUAAUUAAUCUCCAGGAAAUACAAUCUUUAAAUUAUAAAAGCAUAGUAGCUUCACACUCAAACCUAAUAGAUUGCCAUCCCUUAAAAUGCAUAAGGAUUAUGGACUCACUGAAGAAGAGAAAGGAACUUAUGGAGAUAGAUAAUUAAUAGGAUUUGACAAACUCGAACUCUUGGGAAGGUAUAUAAUUUAUUUAAAUCUAUUCAGGGGAGGAUUUGCAUUAGUUUGGUUAGCAUCAAUGGGUAAUCAGAAGGUAGCUUUGAAAUAAAUAGCCAAACCACAAUAGAGCAAAGAGGCGAAAUUUAAUUACAUUAAAUCAGAUAAUAUAGUUUAGAUAAUGGGAGUGGAACAUUCAAACAAAGAUACUUGGAUUAUAUAGGAGUUGGGAGGUAAACCAUUAAGUAAAGCUCUCUAUACAAUGAAAGGGGAAUUCUACAAGGGAGAAAGAGUUUAUGCAGUACUAACAAUCUUAAUUUUUAGAUAAGUGAGACUUAAGAAUUAUUGGAUAUGUAUGAACAUCCAAACAAACUAAUUGAACUAAUGUAUGGUAUACUGAAUGGAAUUUCAUGUAUUAAUGACAAGCAUGUAACUCAUUUUGAUUUGAAACCAGAUAAUAUAUUAGUUGAGAAUAAUAUACCAAAAAUUAUAGAUUUUGGAUCAGCAUUUUCAAAUGAAGAUAAUGAUCAAUUUGGAAUGAUAACACCUGAAUACAUGGCCCCUGAGGCCCUUGAUAUUAUGCAUAAUUGGACUAAAUAUUCUAAUUAAUACAAUACUUAAAUUGAAGCACUUACACAAAUGCAUGGGACUCCAAAAAUUGAUGUUUGGAGUUAUGGUAUUUUUAUAAACAAAUAAAGGGGCAAUAAUACUUGAUAUUUUACAUGGUGUUCCUAAUUGGCUAUCCUAUAAAGGCAAAAUUAUGAGAUAAGGAAAACCAUAAAUAAAAUAUGGGUUAUUUGCAGUCAAAGGAAGAGAUUUAAGCAAGUAAUUAUAUAUUCUUAUUAAUAAGAAUUAUUUAAAAACAAUAGUAAUUGUAAUUGAACCAGAUAAUAAGACAGAAUUGUAAUUACUUAACAUUAAUCAAAUAACAUUAAUUAUUUGAUNACAAUAUAGUAGGAUUAGAUUCACUGUUGCAAUAACGAAUGAUUGUAGACCUUGUAUAAAAGGAAUAUAAUUAAUCUCCAGGAAAUACAAUCUUUAAAUUAUAAAAGCAUAGUAGCUUCACACUCAAACCUAAUAGAUUGCCAUCCCUUAAAAUGCAUAAGGAUUAUGGACUCACUGAAGAAGAGAAAGGAACUUAUGGAGAUAGAUAAUUAAUAGGAUUUGACAAACUCGAACUCUUGGGAAGGUAUAUAAUUUAUUUAAAUCUAUUCAGGGGAGGAUUUGCAUUAGUUUGGUUAGCAUCAAUGGGUAAUCAGAAGGUAGCUUUGAAAUAAAUAGCCAAACCACAAUAGAGCAAAGAGGCGAAAUUUAAUUACAUUAAAUCAGAUAAUAUAGUUUAGAUAAUGGGAGUGGAACAUUCAAACAAAGAUACUUGGAUUAUAUAGGAGUUGGGAGGUAAACCAUUAAGUAAAGCUCUCUAUACAAUGAAAGGGGAAUUCUACAAGGGAGAAAGAGUUUAUGCAGUACUAACAAUCUUAAUUUUUAGAUAAGUGAGACUUAAGAAUUAUUGGAUAUGUAUGAACAUCCAAACAAACUAAUUGAACUAAUGUAUGGUAUACUGAAUGGAAUUUCAUGUAUUAAUGACAAGCAUGUAACUCAUUUUGAUUUGAAACCAGAUAAUAUAUUAGUUGAGAAUAAUAUACCAAAAAUUAUAGAUUUUGGAUCAGCAUUUUCAAAUGAAGAUAAUGAUCAAUUUGGAAUGAUAACACCUGAAUACAUGGCCCCUGAGGCCCUUGAUAUUAUGCAUAAUUGGACUAAAUAUUCUAAUUAAUACAAUACUUAAAUUGAAGCACUUACACAAAUGCAUGGGACUCCAAAAAUUGAUGUUUGGAGUUAUGGUAUUUUUAUAAACAAAUAAAGGGGCAAUAAUACUUGAUAUUUUACAUGGUGUUCCUAAUUGGCUAUCCUAUAAAGGCAAAAUUAUGAGAUAAGGAAAACCAUAAAUAAAAUAUGGGUUAUUUGCAGUCAAAGGAAGAGAUUUAAGCAAGUAAUUAUAUAUUCUUAUUAAUAAGAAUUAUUUAAAAACAAUAGUAAUUGUAAUUGAACCAGAUAAUAAGACAGAAUUGUAAUUACUUAACAUUAAUCAAAUAACAUUAAUUAUUUGAUUUACUUAAACAAUGUCUAGCCUAUGAUCCAUCUCAAAGAUCAGAAGCUAAAGAAUUACUAAAACACGAAUUUUUUAAUUAAAUCUGA